AUGUGGUUCUUUUCAAAUGCUGAAGCGCAGCAAACGGUGAAUGAAGACGAGCCACCGUCGUCACCGUCUUCUGAGUCGGACGCUCAAGACGACCUGUACAAGCCAGAUGAGCCGACACCUGAGCAGAGCUUCUCGCCCUGGAAUUUUUGGGGGCAGUUGGCUGCGGGGACGCAAGCGCAGCUAGAUGCGGAGAGUGCCAGCUCCAUGGACGAAAAUGAGCAGGACGGAGGUGGUCAGCCAUUGCAUUUGUCUUCUAUCAAUUCACAAAAUGGCCGUGAAGAGGAUACUGCUCCGACAGUACGUGAAAGUAGUGAUGAUAACCAGCCUACUUCGGGGUGGAGCCUUUGGGGUCAGCUCACGCAAAACACUGAAAAUUCAACGCCAACGCAUGAGAUCCCUCCAGAGGAAGAGGCAGCAACUGCUAGCCCGAAUGAAACAGUGAAGCACACACCGUCAAAGGAACCAAGCGCGCACGAUAGUGAGUCUGCUUCUGGUAUGUUUGUUUGGAACUUCUUCGGUGGUGCCACCUCCUGGGUCAGCGACAGCAAGCCUGAAACCCCGCUCUCAGAAGAACCAGUUCACCACAGUCCGAGAACAAGCCGCGAAGCCGGGGAGAAGGUAGAUGGAAAUGAAAAUAAAAAGGAUAGUAACAGCCAUGUUGUUGACCUUCCCGAGCAAGCUCCUGUGAUAGACGAUGAGCUCAUGUCUGGUCAGGACCCACCGAAACAUACGGGGACGAUCGCCUCCGUAGGUGAAUCAAACGAACUUCCAUUCAUGGGAGAAGUUGCAUCUAAUGGCAACAAUAAAGACAGUAAUGCCUCAAAGAAGAAGACCAAUUCUCAGUUGCACUCCACAAAUGGAAGUAACGCACCGGAUAGCAUGGACGAAUUUGGAGGGGACCUGACAAAGAGCCUGCCCUCCAGCAAAUUACGGAUUGGUAACGAAGCAUCUGAAAAGAAGCAGGAGACUGAAGGAGACACAAACUUCUCUACAGUAAUGAAUGAGGAUUUGAAUACGACAGGCCUUGCGGGAACAGAGCCGAAGCUCAUGCCACCUGUAAACCGAGGUAUGGUGCACAUGGAGCCGUCAAGCAUUUUGAGUUCAGAAACUUUAUCGCACCAAACGCAGCUGGCCUCAAAUCUCGGAGACAGUAAUUUUCUAGGGGAUCGGAGACCCAUGGAUGGAGCCCCCAUGCAAGCUUCCGAAUCCCCCUUGGCGAAACUGCUGACAGGCAGGUUGUCUAAGCAAUAUACUUUCGUCGAACGAAAGCUCCCCGACGGCACCGAAAUUAUAGUCAGGAACGACGAAAUUGGCGCUCCAAAAGUCAAGCCCAAGCUUCCCGGUGGAGCAGGGCUUCUCGCGCCCCCUCGUACAAGUGGAACUGAUAACCUACAUGCAGCAGCAAACCAGAAAGGCCUUUCGUCAAGAAGCAGCCUAGGCACACAGCUGCAGCAACAAGCCGAGGAAACUCACGCAAACAAACAGAGUGCCUCUCUUUCGCUUUCAACUAUAGACCAACCAAAGACUUCAGAACUUCGCAACAUGACGAAAACAACGGAAAACACCAGCAGCAAGAAUGCAGUUUUGACCGUGACAGGACUCCCAGAGAUUGAGGACGAUUUAUUCAUGGACCAUGCGCCGCAGCAGGGGCCGAAGGCAGAAGAAAGUACACCUGAAGAAGCAGCAAACCUGGGUCGUUCGCGUCAGCAACGGGAAAAUGUCCCACAUCCAACAGGAGAAGAACACAUGCAAGACCCGACAUGCGACAGCAUACUGAAAAUGAAUGCCGAAGAUAAGAAAACCCAGACGGUUGCAAUUCACGUACGAAAAGCAGCAGAUCAUAUACCCCGAAGUGCAGGCGACUCGAUCACACCACCAUCACCUCUAAUGAUUCUAACGCCAAAAGGCCCUCCUCUACUUCACACAAAAGGACACGGACCAACCAGACCACGCCCCCCUCUGCCCAAGGUGGCUGGCGUGAAGGGUGUUCCUCCUGUGAAGGCGAAGGCUGGUGAAGCUGGGGGGGAUGUGGAGGUUGGUGAGGGGAAGAGGGGCGAGGCGGUGGUUGGGGAAGAAGGAGCGUCAGGGAAGGAGAGUGAGGAUGGCGUGGAGGCAGGCGCUACGGGAAAGCGGGCACCUGUUUUGAAGGCGGUUGGGGCGAAGGGCGUUGCUCCUGCGGCUGUGCCGAAGGCGGUUGGCGUGAAGGGUGUUCCUCCUGUGAAGGCGAAGGCUGGUGAGGCUGUGGGGAAUGUGGAGGUUGGCGCUGCGGGAAAGCGGGCACCUAUUUUGAAGGCGGUUGGGGCGAAGGGCGUUGCUCCUGCGGCUGUGCCGAAGGCGGUUGGCGUGAAGGGUGUUCCUCCUGUGAAGGCGAAGGCUGGUGAGGCUGCGGGGAAUGUGGAGGUUGGUGAGGGGAAGAGGGGAGAGGCGGUGGUUGGGGAAGAAGGAGCGUCAGGGAAGGAGAGUGAGGAUGGCGUGGACGCAGGCGCUGCGGGAGGGCGGCCACCUGUUUUGAAGGCGGUUGGGGCGAAAGGCGUUGCUCCUGCGGCUGUGCUGAAGGCGGUUGGCGUGAAGGGUGUUCCUCCUGUGAAGGCGAAGGCUGCUGACGCUGGGAGGCAAGUGGAGGUUGGUGAGGGGAAGAGGGGAGAGGCGGUGGUUGGGGAAGAAGGAGCGUCAGGGAAGGAGAGUGAGAUUGGCGUGGAGGCAGGCGCUGCGGGAAAGCGGGCACCUAUUUUGAAGGCGGUUGGGGCGAAAGGCGUUGCUCCUGCGGCUGUGCCGAAGGCGGUUGGCGUGAAGGGUGUUCCUCCUGUGAAGGCGAAGGCUGCUGACGCUGGGAGGCAUGUGGAGGUUGGUGAGGGGAGGAGGGGAGAGGCGAUGGUUGGGGACGAAGGAGCGUCAGGGAAGGAGAGUGAAGAUGGCGUGGAGGCACGCGCUGCGGGAAGGCGGCCACCUGUUUUGAAGGCGGUUGGGGCGAAAGGCGUUGCUCCUGCGGCUGUGCCGAAGGCGGUUGGCGUGAAAGGUGUUCCUCCUGUGAAGGCGAAGGCUGCUGAUGCUGGGAGGCAAGUGGAGGUUGGUGAGGGGAAGAGGGGAGAGGCGGUGGUUGGGGAAGAGGGAGCGUCAGGGAAGGAGAGUGAGGAUGGCGUGGAGGCAGGCGCUGCGGGAAAGCGGGCACCUGUUUUGAAGGCGGUUGGGGCGAAGGGCGUUGCUCCUGCGGCUGUGCCGAAGGCGGUUGGCGUGAAGGGUCUUCCUCCUGUGAAGGCGAAGGCUGGUGAGGCUGGGGGGAAUGUGGAGGUUGGUGAGGGGAAGAGGGGAGAGGCGGUGGUUGGGGAAGAAGGAGCGUCAGGGAAGGAGAGUGAGGAUGGCGUGGAGGCAGGCGCUGCGGGAGGGCGGCCACCUGUUUUGAAGGCGGUUGGGGCGAAAGGCGUUGCUCCUGCGGCUGUGCUGAAGGCGGUUGGCGUGAAGGGUGUUCCUCCUGUGAAGGCGAAGGCUGCUGACGCUGGGAGGCAAGUGGAGGUUGGCGCUGCGGGAAAGCGGGCACCUAUUUUGAAGGCGGUUGGGGCGAAAGGCGUUGCUCCUGCGGCUGUGCCGAAGGCGGUUGGCGUGAAGGGUGUUCCUCCUGUGAAGGCGAAGGCUGGUGAGGCUGUGGGGAAUGUGGAGGUUGGUGAGGGGAAGAGGGGAGAGGCGGUGGUUGGGGAAGAAGGAGCGUCAGGGAAGGAGAGUGAGGAUGGCGUGGAGGCAGGCGCUGCGGGAAAGCGGGCACCUAUUUUGAAGGCGGUUGGGGCGAAGGGCGUUGCUCCUGCGGCUGUGCCGAAGGCGGUUGGCGUGAAGGGUCUUCCUCCUGUGAAGGCGAAGGCUGGUGAAGCUGGGGGGCAUGUGGAGGUUGGGGAGGGGAAGAGGGGAGAGGCGGUGGUUGGGGAAGAAGGAGCGUCAGGGAAGGAGAGUGAGGAUGGCGUGGAGGCAGGCGCUGCGGGAAAGCGGGCACCUGUUUUGAAGGCGGUUGGGGCGAAGGGCGUUGCUCCUGCGGCUGUGCUGAAGGCGGUUGGCGUGAAGGGUGUUCCUCCUGUGAAGGCGGAGGCUGCUGACGCUGGGAGGCAAGUGGAGGUUGGGAAGGAGAGUGAGGAUGGCGUGGAGGCAGGCGCUGCGGGAGGGCGGCCACCUGUUUUGAAGGCGGUUGGGGCGAAAGGCGUUGCUCCUGCGGCUGUGCCGAAGGCGGUUGGCGUGAAGGGUGUUCCUCCUGUGAAGGCGAAGGCUGGUGAAGCUGGGGGGAAUGUGGAGGUUGGUGAGGGGAGGAGGGGAGAGGCGGUGUUUGGGGACGAAGGAGCGUCAGGGAAGGAGAGUGAGGAUGGCGUGGAGGCAGGCGCUGCGGGAAAGCGGGCACCUGUUUUGAAGGCGGUUGGGGCGAAAGGCGUUGCUCCUGCGGCUGUGCCGAAGGCGGUUGGCGUGAAGGGUGUUCCUCCUGUGAAGGCGAAGGCUGGUGAAGCUGGGGGAAAUGUGGAGGUUGGGGAGGGGAAGAGGGGAGAGGCGGUGGUUGGGGACGAAGGAGCGUCAGGGAAGGAGAGUGAGGUUGGCGUGGAGGCAGGCGCUGCGGGAAAGCGGCCACCUGUUGUGAAGGCGGUUGGGGCGAAGGGCGUUGCUCCUGCGGCUGUGCCGAAGGCGGUUGGCGUGAUGGGUCUUCCUCCUGUGAAGGCGAAGGCUGGUGAGGCUGCGGGGCAUGUGGAGGUUGGUGAGGGGAAGAGGGGAGAGGCGGUGGUUGGGGAAGAGGGAGCGUCAGGGAAGGAGAGUGAGGAUGGCGUGGAGGCAGGCGCUGCGGGAAAGCGGGCACCUGUUUUGAAGGCGGUUGGGGCGAAAGGCGUUGCUCCUGCGGCUGUGCCGAAGGCGGUUGGCGUGAAGGGUGUUCCUCCUGUGAAGGCGAAGGCUGGUGAAGCUGGGGGGAAUGUGGAGGUUGGGGAGGGGAGGAGGGGAGAGGCGGUGGUUGGGGACGAAGGAGCGUCAGGGAAGGAGAGCGGUUGGCGUGAAGGGUCUUCCUCCUGUGAAGGCGAAGGCUGCGAGGCUGCGGGGAAUGUGGAGGUUGGUGAGGGGAAGAGGGAAGAGGCGAUGGUUGGGGAAGAGGGAGCGUCAGGGAAGGAGAGUGAGGAUGGCGUGGAGGCAGGCGCUGCGGGAAAGCGGGCACCUACUUUGAAGGCGGUUGGGGCGAAGGGCGUUGCUCCUGCGGCUGUGCCGAAGGCGGUUGGCGUGAAGGGUGUUCCUCCUGUGAAGGCGAAGGCUGGUGAAGCUGGGGGGGAUGUGGAGGUUGGGGAGGGGAAGAGGGGCGAGGCGGUGGUUGGGGAAGAAGGAGCGUCAGGGAAGGAGAGUGAGGAUGGCGUGCAGGCAGGCGCUGCGGGAAAGCAGCCACCUGUUUUGAAGGCGUUUGGGGCGAAGGGCGUUGUUCCUGCGGCUGUGCCGAAGGCGGUUGGCGUGAAGGGUGUUCCUCCUGUGAAGGCGAAGGCUGGUGAGGCUGCGGGGAAUGUGGAGGUUGGUGAGGGGAAGAGGGGAGAGGCGAUGGUUGGGGAAGAAGGAGCGUCAGGGAAGGAGAGUGAGGAUGGCGUGGAGGCAGGCGCUGCGGGAAAGCGGCCACCUGUUUUGAAGGCGGUUGGGGCGAAGGGCGUUGCUCCUGCGGCUGUGCCGAAGGCGGUUGGCGUGAAGGGUCUUCCUCCUGUGAAGGCGAAGGCUGGUGAUGCUGGGAGGCAUGUGGAGGUUGGUGAGGGGAAGAGGGAAGAGGCGGUGGUUGGGGAAGAAGGAGCGUCAGGGAAGGAGAGUGAGGAUGGCGUGGAGGCAGGCGCUGCGGGAAAGCGGGCACCUACUUUGAAGGCGGUUGGGGCGAAGGGCGUUGCUCCUGCGGCUGUGCCGAAGGCGGUUGGCGUGAAGGGUGUUCCUCCUGUGAAGGCGAAGGCUGGUGAAGCUGGGGGGGAUGUGGAGGUUGGGGAGGGGAAGAGGGGCGAGGCGGUGGUUGGGGAAGAAGGAGCGUCAGGGAAGGAGAGUGAGGAUGGCGUGCAGGCAGGCGCUGCGGGAAAGCAGCCACCUGUUUUGAAGGCGUUUGGGGCGAAGGGCGUUGUUCCUGCGGCUGUGCCGAAGGCGGUUGGCGUGAAGGGUCUUCCUCCUGUGAAGGCGAAGGCUGGUGAGGCUGCGGGGAAUGUGGAGAGGGGAGAGGCGGUGGUUGGGGAAGAAGGAGCGUCAGGGAAGGAGAGUGAGGAUGGCGUGGAGGCAGGCGCUGCGGGAAAGCGGCCACCUAUUUUGAAGGCGGUUGGGGCGAAGGGCGUUGCUCCUGCGGCUGUGCAGAAGGCGGUUGGCGUGAAGGGUGUUCCUCCUGUGAAGGCGAAGGCUGGUGAAGCUGUGGGAGAUGUGGAGGUUGGGGAGGGGAAGAGGGGCGAGGCGGUGGUUGGGGACGAAGGAGCGUCAGGGAAGGAGAGUGAGGUUGGCGUGGAGGCAGGCGCUGCGGGAAAGCGGCCACCUGUUGUGAAGGCGGUUGGGGCGAAGGGCGUUGCUCCUGCGGCUGUGCCGAAGGCGGUUGGCGUGAUGGGUCUUCCUCCUGUGAAGGCGAAGGCUGGUGAGGCUGCGGGGCAUGUGGAGGUUGGGGAGGGGAAGAGGGGAGAGGCGGUGGUUGGGGACGAAGGAGCGUCAGGGAAGGAGAGUGAGGAUGGCGUGGAGGCAGGCGCUGCGGGAAAGCGGCCACCUGUUUUGAAGGCGGUUGCGGCGAAGGGCGUUGCUCCUUCGGCUGUGCCGAAGGCGGUUGGCGUGAAGGGUCUUCCUCCUGUGAAGGCGAAGGCUGGUAUUCCAGUUUUAAUUUCAGGAGAACCAUUGAAAUCUGUUGGCCUAGACCUUCGCAACGAGCUUUCGCACUCACCCAAUUCAUCUGCACGAUUUUGCGAAAGAAAGGAGCAGAACAGUAGAUUUGUGGCUGGAGGCACAUUAGGACCCAAAAGCCUUGUGAAGCUGUCUGCAGCUUUGCUGUCGAGAGCCUCGAACGUUCAGGCAAAAAGCAAUAUGCUUCCCCAAACGAGCGACGGUAAUGUUCCAGUUCAAACCAUGAGAACGCUUCCGAGUAAAGUAAACCAAACGGGUGAAUUGCAUAUCAAUCCAAGACUUGUCACAUCGCGGGUCGAUGCAAGCGUGAACCAAAACACCCCCAGAGAGUGGGUUUUCACUUCUACUGCAUUCGACACUGAGCUUAUGGCAUGUCAGACCCCGGAUUAUAUUCUGACAGGUAGCAUAUUCUACAGCUUGGGUCCAAAGGCGGCUAUCCAGUGUAUAUCUGGCCUUCGCAAAACCCCGCAAACGCAACUUCCUUCAGAAGUAAAGCAGCAUAUCAACACACCCUCUGGCUUUGAGAAAAUAAAGGGGUUGUACGACUCUCCAACAGAUCUUAUACCGUGGGACAGCAGCCUCAGGACUUCGGCGAGCACUAGCUGCACACAGAUUUGCAAGCUUCCACCGGCGCAGUAUGCCACAGCUGUAACCGUGUGGAGCGAGCUAGUGCUUUAUCAGAAGAGCCAAAUUAUUGUGAUUGUUGAGUCUCACAACAAAAGCAUAGCCCGAAUUGCGCCCUCUUUAUUGGCUGGAUUCGCAUACCUUUCUGGGUUUGCCAUCAACGAGCAGAUGCGCUUUAUCAAAAGCGUCAGUAGAAUAUAUGAUGCUCUAGCUUCGUGGACCACGGUCGUGUCGCCUGGGAAAGGCGAAAAGUGUGUGUGCCUGUGGAGAUGGAUCAUUGGGUUUAACCCCAAUGGCCAAGCGCGGGAUAUAUCUCUCUCGGGAUGCCUUCUAAGUGAAGCGCCUUCUGCAGAAGAAGGCGUUUUAAAGAUCGUUGCUCUAUGUGUAGAAAGCGCUUUAUCCGACAAAUUCAAUCCAGAGAUUCUUGGUAUCACAGGGGUUUCUUCAAAGCAGCUUCAAGAAUCACUGCUGCACAGCGGACAGCUUGAGCAUAAAAAUAAGAACAAAGAGGCACUGUCAGUUGUCAAAGAGCAGCUGAAAGCAGCUCUAGAAUGCGACUUACUGGAGGCUGCUUACGCCAUUCGCAUUUGUUUGGCCUACUGGGUUUUCUGUAGAGGAACCUAUCUCAGGUCAGAAGACUUCGAUGCUGCUGAAGUAUUUCUUGGUUCACCGAAAGGAAGACUCCAUUUGCUCUUUGAAAGGUCUCCAGAGUGCCAUGAGGACUUGGUGCGGCAGCUUCGCAACACUCUUUAUGACACCGUCUUCCACUACGUGGUACAGCUUGGCAACAAAUCUAUACAGCGCUCUUUUCAAUCACUUGUACCCCAUGACGCUUACACGAGGCAGAGCAAAGUUCUAAAUGUUGUGAUUGAAGAGUCAUCGUUUCACGCAAACACGGAAGGGCAACUGUCGUUCACCGGCCUCUCAUGCCAGGCAAUGCAGGUGUUGCAAGUAGCUACUGCGUUCCGCAGCCUCCACAACCUUCAGCGUGUCUUCGAGGCGGACCAUGUGAUUGUGCCGCCGUACUUGAACUCUAUACGGCAAAAGCCUCAUGCUCAGCUGCUGGUGCAGUUCUUGUUCUCGAGGAAUGGAGGCCUAAUACCUUUCCUUGCGCACUCCCCUAUAAAUAUGGAAGACGCCUCACGGUGGUUAACGUGGAUUAGAAAGAAGCCAUUCGCUCAAAAAAUAAUUGAUGAGGCCCCCAACGGCUCUUUAAUCGUUGACUGGCUAGGCCAAUGGUUUACAACGGGCUUAAGAGAGCUCACGAAAGCCUCUUGGAUUGCAAGCGGAGCCACGCUUCAUCUUAUUGAAGGCCUGCUUCGUUCCGCAACGGCGACAAGAAUGUGUAGUCGCAUUCCCUUUUACAGCUCUGCACGUCGAUUGCUAAAUGCUGCCAAGGAUUCUCUAGCAUUUGGACUUCUUGAAAGACCAGUAUUAGUAGUGGACUCAUCAGACACAUGGUUGACGAGGUGGUUGCAUGGAGAACUAAACAGAGUUGAGGAGUGGCAAAGUUUCGGCUUCCCUGUUGUGGCACGCUUGGAGGACCUGCCAAAAUACUGCCCUCGAUUGUUUGGGGCAACGGCGUUCAAAAGUAAGGAAGAAACAAUGCGCGUGCUUCAGAAAUACGUCGACAACAACGACUUCAUCUCUGGGAGAGCCCUUCUCUUCUGCAGAAGUACAGCAUACAACUCCCUCUAUGCAUUUGAAUUAGCGGCCAAGUCUAUUGAGCAAGAACGCGAAUCUAAAAUACAAAACCUUGGUUUCCAGUGGGAGACGUUGCAGCUCUGGAAGGCCAAGUUACAGAAUGGGAAGGGGAACCAGAAAACGCAUAACUCUGGAACGCCGGGCAUUUCACGCUCUGGCAUGUAUCCUCGAUUGACUACGAAGAUCCAGUUGGCCAACAUAGAACCAGCAGCUUCACAGGUGCAGAUUGCUAGUUCUGGAACCGUAGAGAGUAAUGAUAGCAGACGGAAAAGUGGGAAAGACAGUGCAUCUUGCGAGACAGGCGGCAGUCUUGUUAACGAAAUAGACAGCCCAAGUGCACAUAUUCGUGCCUGGCCGUCGUGCGUUGCUCUCCUGGGAGGAGGAAAACAGCCUGGCAAACCACAGCCUCUCUCCAGCCUCUCCAUGGAUGUUGCCCCAUCUCCUUCUACUUUUCCCCAUCGCGACGCGGUCACUAGCUCUUCUGAAGGACUCACAAAGAAAAAUUUGGCGUGGAGCAGUGCUCCUUUAACUAGGUUUUCCUCUUCUGGAAAGGGUUCCAGCGAAACGCUGCAAGCGCAUUUCGAAAGGGAAUCGGUAGGUCCUGCACUAGACACGAAUUCGGAGAGCAAAAUCGUCGGUGUCAGAUGCGUCGACGCAUUUUCCAAGUGUCAACCACGAGCCGUGGUACCUCCAAAGAAGCAUCAAGAGUCUGAUGCUAUGGUGCGUUUUGGGAAUUGCGAAGGAGUUACUCUUGAGAAGGAGAAUACGAUGUGUAAGAUACUUCAAGAACGGGAACUACUAAGCAAUGCACCUGACGUUGAUGAGACACCUGCGCACUGCGGAAGUAGCCACCUCGAGAGUCUUAGACAGAAUCCUUGUCUUACUCAAGAGGUCGGCAUGAAUCAGCAAAAUUGCAAACCGGAUAUUGGCAAUCUGCCCGCAUCUGUAGCUUUUGCUUGUGACAUUGCGGCCACUACUUCGUCUUAUUGCACAAAUUCUGGGAGCAAGAGCUCUGUUGCAGCCUUUAGAACUAACUGUAGUGUGGCAAGAGGGGCAACAGGACAGACAGAAGUUGACGAGGCGUCCGGCACGGACAACACAUCAACAACUGCGAGGAUUCGAGCAAUGUGGCGCACGGAUAAGAAUGACCGAGCAUGGCGAGGGCUGGUGGUCCUACCAAAGACUGGGGAAUCGGACCUCCAAAAUAGCCAGACAAAAACUGAAUGCUCGGCAGAAGGUGAAUAUGCACAUUCAGAUGUUAACAGAUAG